AUGGCGGAGCUGUCGGAGCACGAGCGACUGAAAAUCCAGUGCAUUUCAGAAAUACAGAUGGAGGUUGUGGCUGAUCCCUACAGAGGGCAAAGAUUGGAGAAUGGGGGUAGCAAGAGGUCAAGUGGCUUCAUUAGGCCCCAGAGGGUUUCGCUGUCGGAGCUGAAAGCUGGAGCGUGGCGUGGCGGGGAGCGCUUUUUUUCGCUGCUGGUGUGGCAGGCGCUGACGUUUUCUGAAAGGGGUCAGCAGGCUCGCGGGGUGGCUACGACCUCCCUCGCCGCGGGGGGUCUCUGCCGAGGGAAACGCUGCCGGUCGUGGUGGGAUUCAGCACCCUCCAAAAUCCCGCAGGGAAGCUGCGAGCUUAAAGCAGAUAAGGAGUAUCAGUUCAAAGUAGACGAUGAAGAAAAUGAGCAUCAGUUGUCUCUGAGAACGGUUACUUUAGGGGCUGGAGCCAAAGACGAAUUACACGUGGUAGAAGCAGAAGCAUUGGACUAUGAAGGCAACCCUAUUAAAGUAGUACUGGCAUCUCUGAAAAUGUCAGUGCAGCCUACGGUUUCAUUAGGUGGCUUUGAGAUCACACCACCAGUGGUCUUGAGGUUGAAAUGUGGUUCAGGGCCCGUUUACGUCAGCGGUCAACAUCUCGUAGCAUUAGAGGAAGAACCAGAAUCAGACGAUGAGGAGGAUGAUACAAAAAUUGUGAACACUUCAACAAAGAGACCAGCAAGUGGAGGAGGAGCUAAAACACCACAGGUUGCUGUUUAUUAAUGCGAGCUUAAAGCAGAUAAGGAGUAUCAGUUCAAAGUAGAUGAUGAAGAAAAUGAGCAUCAGUUGUCUCUGAGAAAGGUUACUUUAGGGGCUGGAGCCAAAGACGAAUUACACGUGGUAGAAGCAGAAGCAUUGGACUAUGAAGGCAACCCUAUUAAAGUAGUACUGGCAUCUCUGAAAAUGUCAGUGCAGCCUACGGUUUCAUUAGGUGGCUUUGAGAUCACACCACCAGUGGUCUUGAGGUUGAAAUGUGGUUCAGGGCCCGUUUACGUCAGCGGUCAACAUCUCGUAGCAUUAGAGGAAGAACCAGAAUCAGACGAUGAGGAAGAUGAUACAAAAAUUGUGAACACUUCAACAAAGAGACCAGCAAGUGGAGGAGGAGCUAAAACACCACAGAAAAAAGCAAAAUUAUCAGAAGAUGAUGAGGAUGAUGAUGAAGAUGAGGAGGAUGAUGAUGAUGAUGAGGAUGACUUAGAGGAUGAUGAGGAAGAAAUGAAAACACCAAUGAAGAAACCGGCCCGUGAGGCUUCAGGAAAAAAUAUGCAGAAAGCAAAGCAAAAUGGAAAAGACUCUAAGCCGUCCACACCAGCAUCUAAAUCAAAAACUCCAGAUUCCAAGAAGGAUAAAUCUCUAACUCCAAAAACACCAAAAGUCCCUCUGUCGUUAGAGGAGAUUAAAGCAAAAAUGCAAGCGUCCGUAGAUAAGGGUUCUUCCCUUCCUAAGCUGGAACCCAAAUUUGCCAACUAUGUUAAGAAUUGCUUCAGGACGGAGGACCAGAAGGUCAUUCAAGCUCUCUGGCAGUGGAGACAGACUCUGUAA